ACGGUAUAACUGUAACUCGUGCUCUCAAACUUGAGCUGCGGGUCUUUUUCAGCAUGGACGUAUGCGAGGCGAACUGCAGCCGCGUGGGUAUCUUGGUUUCGGGCCAACUACAGUGCCUGGGCAGCGUGCAGCGACUGCUAGUGCGCUUCGGCCGCGGCUUCACGCUGCAGAUCAAGUGCGUCGCCAAGGACGCGAGCAACGCGACCGCCCUCGAGGAGGCCGUGGCCACGCUCUUCCCGGGCAUCUUGCUCACCGACGUGCACCCGGGCCUGUUCCAGUUCUCGAUGAAAGAGAUGCUGCAAUGGAGCGUGCUCUUCGCUCGCGUCAACCAGCUGCAUCGGCAUUUCCAGCUCGAGUACGUGAACGUGUCCAGCACGGGGCUCGAGGAGGUCUUCAUCGACUUCGUGCGCGACACGCGCCGCCCGGCGCUUUCGCCCGCAGGCUUGAGCUCGCCCCAAGCCCCACCGGCCACGGCGCCUGCAACCGCUAAGGUCAACGCUACGUCGGCGCCGGGUGCGGCCGCCGGGCCUAGCCUGGGAGGACGGGCAGGAGCAGCCAGAGGGGACGUUGCCGCUACCGCGCAAGCGAAGGGUGCUGCGCCGUCCACCAGCUACCCGACAGCCAAGGGUGGCGCGGGCGGCGCGGCAACGAAAAUUUAGGCAUUCAAAGACGCCACCAACGCAUCCUUGGACUCGAACCUUUAUGUGUAGUUUUGUGUGUGUUCAUAUGUGCCAACUCGCCGCCCACAAAACGAUAAUGGCGUGUUUCUGCGCAUACAUUAUAAGUAUUACUAACUAGGAGUCAGUUUUCAGUAUAUGUCUUCUUCUGUCGACAUUAUUUUGCACGAUAACAAAAAAGUCCUGCUCGCCCUUCUUGUAGGACAACGCCCACCGUUCGA